AUGGCUGCUGAGGAAUCUCUACCUCCAUGCUCACCAAUAUCUCCUGACGCACCGUCCACGCAGCCACGGAUAACGACAAACCUAAACCAUCACUCAGAUUACGAACAACUUAUAUUCGAGGGAGUACGUUCAGGUGAGGUAUCUGAAAUCGAGCGUCUGGUAGAAAAACUUGGCGUGGAAAUUCUAAGUGCUCGAGAUCAACAUGGCUACACCCCAGCUCACUGGGCCGCCUUGGAUGGUAGCGUUGCUGUCAUGAGGUACUUGGUGGAACGUGGAGCACCUGUAGACCUCUCUUGCUUAGGGACUCAGGGCCCUCGACCAAUUCACUGGGCUUGUAGAAAAGGGCAUGCAUCAGUGGUGCAAGUUCUAUUGCAAUCAGGCGUCGCGGUGAACGCAGCUGAUUUCAAAGGUUUAACGCCAUUAAUGACAGCCUGUAUGUAUGGAAAAACCGCGACUGCCGCAUAUCUACUUGGCAUGGGAGCAGCAACGAGACUAUCAGAUAUAAAUGGUGACACAGCUCUCCAUUGGGCGGCGUAUAAGGGUCACGCAGAUUUAGUCCGUCUAUUAAUCUACUCAGGGGUGCCUUUACAUUGCACUGACAAUUUUGGCUCAACACCCUUGCAUCUCGCGUGUCUUUCAGGCAAUUUGACGUGCGUCCGAUUGCUUUGUGAAAAGGUAAAGGCUGAACUCGAGCCACGUGACAAAAAUGGAAAGACACCCCUAAUGCUCGCACAAAGCCACCGACACGCGGAAGUCGUGAAACUGCUGCAAAAGGAGAUGAAACGCAAAUCUCACUGGAUGCCACCGCUUUCUGAGUUAUGGGCCUUGCUGUUCGGUGGAGCUGGUGAUUCUAAGGGACCACUUCUUUUCUUUCUCGGAUCCGUUCUCUUGUGGGGUUAUCCUAUGUAUAUUAUACGGUGCAUACCAUUAACAUGGAAUACGCUACGGCUAUCGCACUACUGUUUUCUUUAUUGGAAUGCGAUAAUGUGGAUGAGUUGGCUGAUUGCUAACCGUCGUGAUCCAGGGUACAUACCACAAAAUUCUGAAACUUAUUACCGAGCGAUAAGACAAAUACCGUACUACGAUAAAUGGAAGAAAAGAAAUGCUAUACUUUCACGUCUAUGCCACACGUGCAGAUGUCUACGACCUUUGAGGGCAAAGCAUUGUCGUAUUUGCAAGCGCUGCGUGGCCUACUUCGACCACCACUGUCCAUUCAUCUAUAACUGUAUCGGCGUUCGAAAUCGCAUGUGGUUCUUUUUGUUCGUGAUGAGUGUUGCUAUAAAUUGUACACUUUCUAUAUACUUCGCGUGCUAUUGUCUAUACCUAGAAGGCUUUGGAAUACUUUAUAUGCUGGGUUUGCUUGAGGCUAUAACAUUUUGCGCACUCGGAUGGAUUCUCACGUGCACUUCGGUGCUUCACGCCUGUAUGAAUUUAACUACCAACGAAAUGUUUAACUACAAGAGGUACCCGUAUCUACGUGACAAGAGAGGCCGCUAUCAGAACCCGUUUUCACGGGGGCCUAUUAUGAACUUGAUUGAAUUCUUCGUUUGUUUACCGGACAAGUUUGAUGAGCAAGACCUCUUUUAUGGAGAGAAUAUAUGA